UAGUGGUGAAACUUUAUCUUCAAAAUCUCGCUCACGUAGACCAAAGCGAAAGAAAGAAGCUUCUUGCUCUAAACUGAGGGCCUCAUGUCUGACGAUGGACUUUCUGAACGCACUGAGCAUAGAGCUGUGUGACACGGUACUGUGCUGCAACAACUGGUACGCAGACGGCAAACCACCGCACUCUCCCACCCCGGAAGAAGAAGGGACAUCCAUCAGCCAGGAGAGCCAACCAGCCAAAAAUGAAUUCCUUGUAGGCGCACUGCCGGGUGAAAUAGGGUAUAAAUCAAGCAGUCACACUCUCUCCAAACAUAGCUCAGUAGACCACGGUGAAGAUGCCUCUGAGAAACACCAGAGCGGCUGGGAGACGUGUGAUAUCAGAAAACGUCCGGAGUACACUCGCACGUUGAAGGAGAUGGCGGAGGAGUUUGAGGCGCAACGAGAUGCGGAAGAGGCGCUGAGACUACAACUGCUGAGGGUUAAUAAGAAGGAGGAGGGAGAGGAGGAUAAGCUCCUUACUAAGGAUCAGAGUUUUGUGACCACAGAUGGGGAUGAUGAUAGCAUGGAUUUGCGAGCCAGCAGUUUCUGCUCAGUGAGCUCUAACAACAUGUUACCAAUCGAUCAGAGUACCAAGAAAGAUUCUUCCAGAGAGAUGUCAUGCGACGAUAUGGAGGAUCCCGUUAGACCUAGCUCAAAACUGGAGACGGACAGUAAGGACAGUGGGUAUGGAGCGGAGAACAACCGAUCAAAGAGGAAAUUUGUUAAAUUCCCGGAACAUCACAGAUCACUCGACGGUGAUCAUGGAUUUAAUCUUAGUACAAGUCCACAGCCGUUUGAGUGUGACCCUGACGUCUGUUAUGAUGGUCUGCCACAACGCCCCAACACUUCGUGUGAUGUUUCAGAAGGAAAAAAGAAAAAUGGCGGGUUUUUCAGCUCUUUCCGAUCAAAGAAGAACCACACCGAGAAAGACCAUAGUGAAGAAGAACAGUCCUCCACUACAAAGAAGAAGAGAAAGAAGAAAAGUUCGUCGUCAAGUUCGAAGGGCGGAAAUAACCUUCAGGUAACCUCCAAGCAACAAUUCGUCUUGAGAGGAAAGAAGAACCCUAACUCUACAAACGGUGGGAGAGUACCUGGACACAGCUUCGAUAAUGGAGACAUGUGAACUGGGAACCAUAGAGACAAGUCAGAGUUUUCUCACUGAUAGAUUGACCACUGAACCAUAAUAGUUGCGGAUAUUACCCACUAGAAUCUGCUGGCUCGACCCAGGCUUCCGCUUCAAGUUCAAACACAGACCAAACUCACCAAACUCACCAUAUCAUACAUUGCGGCUCAUUUCGUUAAUUUAUGUUAUACUUAUAGUUAUAGUCAUCUCCAUUAAAUUCUUGUAAGAUCAUGAGCUCAACGAAUUUACGGUCAAGAGGUAAUAUUAUUCCUCAAAUCAUUAUAAUUUUCUCACAGCAGUUGAUUUUAGGCAGAGAUUUUCAAGAGAGGUUCUUUUGUUUAAAAGAAUUCACAUUUUCUUUGCAAUGCUCGACUGAGAAUGAAUCAUCCACAAACCGGCAAAUAUAUUACGAUGAUUUAUUUAUUUUUGAAAUGGAACUAUAAGUAAAUGUUAAUGAUACUGGGUUGGAAUAAUUAUUGUAUGUUUGUUUUAAGCGUUUAGCGUGUAUAUAGAUUUCUUCA